GUCCGACCCGCCGGCCUACGCCAGGGGCUGCGGGGCGGCGUGGGUUAUGUGCCGCUGCCGCAGCGGUUGCCCGCCUCUCCCCGUCCGUUCGCCUUCCCCUCAACGCUAGCUCCUUCCUCCGGGUGGUUUGAAAUGAACUGCUGUUCCCCACCCGGGUUCCCGCCGCCACCGUAACCGCCCGACGGAGAAGGGGAGGGGACAAGAGCGUGGGGCGGGGAAGAGGAGGGCGGCCUGGAGCGGCGCGGCUCCUCUCCGCCGAACGCUCCGGUUCCAGCGGGCGCCUCACGGGGGGAACUAGGGGAAGUCGGGUGGGGAAGAACAGGGUGAAGCAAGGUAGCAGCCGCCUUGCUGCCGCCGCUGAACGGUCCGUGCCCGGCGAGCCGCCGCGCUCGCCCUGUGGCGGCUUCUGCCUCUUGUUCCUUGGACUCUGGGCGUGGGGGAGCGAGGGAAGGAAGCCUGAGGUCGUUCCGGGACCGGCGAGCCCUCUCGCAGCCGUGGAAGGGGAGGGUGAAGCAAACCUCCCGCCUCCCCCGGUAAGGAGUCGCGGUGCUGCGGCAGGCUGGCCCGCAGGACCGGCGAAUAAAAAUGGGAACUCCUGGAUCAGGACGGAAGAGAACUCCAGUGAAAGACAGAUUUUCUGCAGAAGAUGAAGCUCUGAGUAACAUUGCCAGAGAGGCAGAAGCCAGGCUUGCAGCCAAACGGGCAGCUCGAGCAGAAGCAAGAGAGAUACGUAUGAGAGAGCUGGAGCGACAGCAAAAAGAGUUUUCUCAGCGUUCAUGUGAUAGAAAAUGGGCUCAUAUACAGAAAUGGAUGAGUUCUAUGGAUGCCAGUGGGUCUCACAGAAGCAGAGCAAGUACCUCCAGAAGGAGAGAUCUUGUGUGUGACAGUGCUAAGGAUAGAUCUACAAGAUACUCGAGUCAUGCUUACAGUGAAUCUCAUAAUUCCAAGAAGAAAGCCGCUUAUUCCCAUAAAGAUCUAUUGAGUGGAAUUUACUAUGAUCAAAGAAAUUAUAGCAGCCUUAGAUAUAGUAAACCAGUUCCUUCCGGCCUUACUCGGUUGUCUUCCCUAUACAGUGAUCCAGUGGCAACAACUACGAGUUACAGGGUGUUUCCUUCUGUAAACACUGGUUUGAUAAGAAGUACCAGUUGGGCAUCGUUGUGUGGCGAUGGAUUACGUAGCUCAUAUAGUUCUCACACUCCAUCUGAAUCUAGUUAUUCUUCAAGAUCAAGCUCAGUUCGCAGUAGUCCUGUGUACUCUGAUUUUUCUGAUCAAAGUGAAACUGCUGCUGACUAUUUCAGUCGUUCCAACCGCAGGGGAAGCAUUGUUUCGGAUGCAGACGAUGUCCAAGGUUUGAAUAGUCUGGAAGAAAAGAGUGAAAAAUCACAAUCAGAAAUAUUUUCAAGGCCAUCAUCGCGCAAUUCAGUAAGUGUAACUCCUCUGAGCGGCAACUCCUCUAGGAGAGGAAGCGGAGACACGAGCAGUUUGGUGGAUCCUGAUGCCUCCCUCAGUGAAUUACGGGAUAUCUAUGAUCUUAAGGACCAGAUACACGAUGUAGAAGGGAGAUACAUGCAGGGACUUAAAGAACUAAAGGAUUCACUAGCUGAAGUUGAGGAGAAGUACAAGAAAGCUAUGGUCUCCAAUGCUCAACUAGACAAUGAGAAAAACAACUUAGUUUACCAAGUGGAUACUCUAAAGGAUGUCAUCGAGGAGAAAGAAGAACAGAUAGCAGAGUUCUAUAGGGAGAAUGAAGAGAAGUCAAAGGAAUUGGAAAGGCAGAAACACACAUGCAGUGUUCUACAGCAUAAGCUGGAUGAACUUAAAGAGGGUCUUCGACAGAGAGAUGAAUUGAUAGAGGAGAAUCAGCGCAUGCAGCAGAAUAUAGACUCCAUAACCAGAGAGGUGUUUGAUCUCCAGGAGACAAUUAAUUGGAAAGAUAAAAAAAUAGGGGCCCUAGAAAGACAGAAAGAUUACUUUGACUGCAUUAAGAAUGAGCGAGAUGAGCUCAGAGAGGAGUUGGCUGACCUGAAGGAAACAAUGAAGAGAGGAGAGAAACAUGGAUUAGUUAUCAUUCCAGAUGGCACACCAAAUGGUGAUAUAAACCAUGAAUCAGUGGUUGGUGCAGUAACGGUUGUAUCGCAGGAAGCUGCUCAAGUCUUGGAAUCUGCAGGAGAAGGACCACUAGAUGUCCGACUACGAAAACUGGCUGGAGAAAAGGAGGAAUUAUUGUCCCAGGUUAGAAAACUGAAGAUGCAGUUGGAAGAAGAACGACAGAAAUAUUCUAAAAGCGAUGGCAUGAACCCAGAUACCAUAGGCUUAGAGAAUGGUUCCGACCUGCAGCUGAUUGAAAUGCAGAGAGAUGCCAACAGACAAAUCAGUGAAUACAAAUUUAAGCUUUCGAAAGCUGAACAAGAUAUAACUACCUUGGAACAAAAUAUUGGACGACUUGAGGGGCAGGUUGCGAGGUAUAAAAAUGCAGCAGAAAAUGCAGAAAAAGUAGAAGAUGAACUCAAAGCUGAAAAGAGGAAGCUUCAGCGAGAGUUAAGAACAGCACUGGAUAAGAUAGAAGAGAUGGAGAUGACCAAUAGCCACUUAAUGAAAAGGCUGGAGAAGAUGAAAGCAAAUAGGACUGCGCUUUUAUCUCAACAGUGAAAUGGAAAUUGAAAAUAUGAUGCACUGCUCCUUGAAUAACUAGCCCCUAGCUUGUUUUUAAAUACAGGCUUUCAUUGGCACAAACUAUUUGAACACUGAGCUGUUCAUAGGCAUUUUAGUUUCAUAAUUAAAUGGCAUACUUCAUUUUGUAACUUAUGAGAGAAUGAAAUUUAGUUUGAAUUCCUACGUGAAUGACAGCAAUUUUUCUGUAGUGUUUGAUUCUAGAGUCGGAGCUGGAGCACAAUGCUGUAUGCUCGACUUAACGAUAGAAAAUGUUUUUACAACUGUGGAAUCAAGUUUACUCACGAUCUCUUUUGGCUGCUUUAAUGAUGCUUGAUGCUCGGAGACAACUGCAUGAAUUCAAGAAGACACUGUAUUACUGUAUUAUAAACUAACAUAUAUUUGCUCAAGACAUCACACAGCACAAGUGCCUUUUAUCUGGUGCAAUUUAGACUUCAUUGUUGAAAUAACCUUUGAAAUCAGAUGUUUUAUUUUAAGAUACGUUUGGGUAUUCACUAAACUUUAUACAUUUUGAAAAUACAUUUUUGUAAAAUAUUUAAAUUUUUUAAAAGAAAAAUAGAGACUGUAUAUAAAAAUCUGCUUUUUUUGCAUGGACACAUCUGAGUUCUAGGUAAUUUUGUCAAAUACUAGCCCCUGAUACUCUUAGUAUUAAGAGUGCAGAUUUAAAAUCUUCAGUUGUACACCAUCGAUUUAUAUGUCAUCUGCUGCUUAAGUGUGAAUUGAAAUUUUAGGGUGGGAGGAAGGGGUGGGAAAUGUGGCUAAGGAAUUUAUUAAAUGGACACUUUACUGACCAAA